AUGGAGGGAUGGUGGAAAAUUAAUUUUGAUGCAGCAUCUAAAGGUAAUCUUGGGCUGUUUGGAACAUGUUUCAUUGUUCGAGAUUGGAAAGGGGAUGUGGUGGCAUUGGGAGUGAAGAAGUUAGAUGAUGGAACAAACAAUGUAGCUGAAGCCUUAGUAGCAUUAACGACUAUUAGAUUUGGCAAGAGUUUGGGAGCCAUGAAAAUCCAUUUAGAGGGUGACUCCCUAAUAAUCAUUCACGCAAUUAUGAAGGGGAGAAUCUAUGCAUGGCAUCUCCAAAAUCCAAUUGCUAAAAUAAUGGAAGAAUUAUCAUUUUUCAAAGAUUUAUGUAUCAGCAAUGUUAGAUCUGGAAAUAUGGAAGUUGACACCUUAUCAAAAUGGGCUCUAACAUUUGAAGCGGUUGGCGAACUAAGGACUGAACAUUUUAGGCACAUUUCUUUAGAAGAGUUUGAUGAUCGUUUAAGUGGUUAG